AUGCUCAAUUCACGGACUAACAAACAUCAUAAAUCAAAGAAAAUUAGAAAACAUUCGAAGGAUAAAUCUUUGAAAUCAUUACAUGGUGCAUUAUUAAACUUAUUAAAUAAAGAAAAGUCACCAGAGGAAUAUUCACUAUAUAAUAAAAGGUUUCAUCCAUCUAAUAAGGCUGAACCCCAACCUAAAAUUGAUCAACCUAACGAUAUAAUAUAUAUACGAUCAAAGGAAAAUGUUUUGAUACCGAAAUUGACAGAUGAUGAAGUCAUGGAACGACAUAAAAUAGCAGAUGAAAAUAUGAAAAAUGUUUGGACCAAUAUAAUUGCAAAAUAUGAAAAUGCAGAUGAUUCCAAAGGAGAUUUAAUAGAUUUAAAUACAGGAGAAAUUAUUGAAGAUAAUGGUCAUGUCAGAGAAUUAUCGACAAUGAAACCGUCAAGUUUUGCUGCAACAUCAUACAAGAGUACUUUCACUGAUAGAUUACUCGAUGAAGAUAUGGAUGAUACAACGACCAAGAAUACUAAUUAUAAUGAUAAUCCAAAGAACUUAGACAGUGAAAAAUUAACAGAUUCAGAUAAGGACGAAGGUAAUUCUCUUUGGGCAGAAACUGAAUCAGAUAAUAUUUUCCAGAAUCCAUCCUCUAGUGAAGAAGAAGAAGAAGAAGAAGAAGAUGAAGAUGAAGAUGAUGAUGACGAUGACGAUGAGAUAGAACAAAAUGAUGAAAAUUCUGUUAAUGAGGAUUUUUAA